CAGCAAAAAAAAUGAGUGGAUUACAGUCAGAAAUUUCCCUGUGGCCAAUACAAGUAACAGAAUACAUUGUUGAACUGCGACAAAUCGCUAAUUCCAUUGAUGAAGUUCAUGCAACUGCUACCAAGGCAAAUAUUGCAGGCUCGAUUACAGGAGCUGUGGGAGGAAUUCUAAGUAUUGUAGGAUUAGUUGCUUCUCCUUUCACAAUGGGAAGCUCAUUAUUGCUUACUGGCGCGGGAAUGGUAGCUGGCACUGUUGGUGGGGUCACCAACGUUACAGCCAGUGUUUCUGAUAAAUUCAAUCAAGAAAGCAAACAGAAAAGAGUAAAUGAAAUUAUUCAACAAUAUCUCAAGAAACAACAAGAGCUGGCGAACAGACUAGAGCUACUCAACAAAACAAUUGAAUCUAUCAUUAAAAUUGAGACAAAAAAUGUACCGAAUGCGGUAUUUGUUGGCACAACUCAGGGUAUCAUAAACAGCUUGAGUCAUAUUUCUACAGUUACUUCAGCAGUGACUAAAAAUGCCUUUAAAGUAUUCAAAAGUGUUUCCGGAAUUUUGGCAGGUCUUACUGUAGCAUGGGAUAUCUAUUCUGUAUUCAAGGAUAGUGUAGAACUUAAAGCCAAAGAGACUGAAAUUUCGCAGAUGAUCCGGGAGGUAGCUGAGAGUAUGGAGGAAGAAAGGGGCAAUUUUAAGAAAAUUGAAUCAAAGUUGAAGGAUUGCACUGAGCUGCAGAAAUUUCUGGAACAAUGUGGAAGAUAA